ACUCAUUUGUGAACAGCCAGGAGUGGACCCUGAGCCGCUCUGUGCCGGAGCUUAAAGUGGGCAUAGUGGGGAACCUGUCUAGUGGGAAAUCAGCCUUGGUUCACCGAUAUCUGACAGGGACCUAUGUCCAGGAAGAGUCCCCUGAAGGGGGUCGGUUCAAAAAGGAGAUUGUGGUGGACGGCCAGAGCUACCUGCUGCUGAUCCGAGAUGAAGGAGGCCCCCCUGAACUCCAGUUUGCUGCCUGGGUGGAUGCGGUGGUGUUUGUGUUCAGCCUGGAGGAUGAAAUCAGCUUCCAGACGGUGUACAACUACUUCCUGCGCCUCUGCAGCUUUCGAAAUGCCAGCGAGGUGCCCAUGGUGCUGGUGGGCACACAGGAUGCCAUCAGUGCCGCCAAUCCCCGGGUCAUUGACGACAGCAGGGCCCGAAAACUGUCCACAGACCUGAAGCGCUGUACCUACUAUGAAACAUGCGCAACCUAUGGGCUCAAUGUGGAACGAGUCUUCCAGGACGUGGCCCAGAAAGUGGUAGCCUUGCGGAAGAAGCAGCAGCUGGCAAUCGGGCCCUGCAAGUCCCUGCCCAACUCACCCAGCCACUCGGCCGUGUCCGCUGCCUCCAUCCCAGCUGUGCACAUCAAUCAGGCCACCAACGGAGGCAGCAGCGCCUUCAGCGACUACUCGUCCUCAGUCCCCUCCACCCCUAGCAUCAGCCAGCGGGAGCUGCGCAUCGAGACCAUCGCCGCCUCCUCCACCCCCACGCCCAUCCGCAAGCAGUCCAAGCGGCGUUCUAACAUCUUCACGAUAUGUGCCACUGUUUCCAACUUUUCAUCAACAAAAAGGCCUUUCCAACUCCUUCCAAAUUAGAAGACCAGGUGGUGAUACACAGCACCUCUGGACAUUCCCCCUGUGCGGGCCGGAGGCGGGCCGGGCCCUGGGACUGCUCUCAGAUGAGAAGCGGCCGCCGAGCUCCCCGCUCCAGAGACCCACAGGAACCUUUGUAACUAACCCUACCCCCAGGGAAGGCUAGGAACGCCGGAGCCCGCGCUGGGGGCUGCCGGGGGACCAGGCCCGGCUGGAUGCUGCGCCAGGCUCGCUGAAUGGAGAAGAAGGGAGCUCGGCCCACGCCGGCCGGCCGGCCAGCCAAAGCGAAGAGGCCCAGAGGGGCGGGGGCACUCAAGCCCGCUGGCCCAGCUGCUCCUGGGGGAGCUUUCCUGCCCCUCCCCUCCUCUGCUCCUUCCUGCAUGGACUUCUGCCGUUCCUGCUCCUGCUCCGGAAGCCGCCGCCACCGCGCUUGCCUUGCCCCCUCUUUUUGGCCCCUCCCCCCUGUUUCCUAGGAUCCGCAUUUGGGUGGACUCUGCCCCAGGAGCUUGGCAGGGUGCAGGCCCUCUUCUGGCCUCUCUCCUCUCUCUCUCCAUCCACUGUGCCCCUCGGGCCACACCAAUAUGCUCGGUGCCAUGUGGUGUCUGUGCCGCAGACGAGCACCUGCCCGCUCACUUCCGGACUUUGCUCUCCCUGGUUGUCGUGCCCUGUGCUCCUGGCCAGCCCUCAGCCCCACCGGGCCACCUCUCCUCGCCCCUCCCUUCACUUAACAAACUCCAGGCCCUGGGCUGCACACUCAUUGCGCCCUCCGUAUUUCGUGUCCUUGCUCUUUGUGAGGGGCGGGCCUGGCUCAGUGACCUGUGCUGCUCUGUAUGGUGCCGUGUUCUCGAAAAGGUGCUGACCUGGACAGGGAGAAGAAAGCUGCGGAGUGUAGAGUGGACAGCAUUGGGAGCGGCCGGGCCAUCCCCAUCAAGCAGGGGAUCCUGCUGAAAAGAAGUGGCAAAUCCUUGAACAAGGAGUGGAAGAAGAAGUAUGUGACGCUGUGUGACAAUGGGUUGCUUACUUACCACCCUAGCCUGCACGAUUACAUGCAAAACAUCCACGGCAAAGAGAUCGACCUCCUACGGACGACAGUGAAAGUGCCAGGGAAGCGUCUGCCCCGAGCCACACCUACUACAGCCCCAGGCACCAGUCCCCGUGCCAACGGGUUGGCAAUGGAGCGGAGUAACACACAGCUGGGUGGGGCCACGGAGGCAGAGGAGUCCUUCGAGUUUGUAGUGGUGUCCCUCACUGGUCAGACCUGGCAUUUUGAGGCCUCAACAGCAGAAGAGCGGGAACUAUGGGUGCAGAGCGUGCAGGCCCAGAUCCUCGCCAGCCUACAAGGAUGUCGCAGCGCCAAGGACAAGACUCGGCUGGGGAACCAGAACACAGCCCUGGCUGUGCAGGCUGUCCGCACGGUCCGUGGCAAUAGCUUCUGUAUCGACUGCGAAGCUCCCAAUCCAGACUGGGCCAGCCUGAAUCUGGGUGCCCUGAUGUGCAUCGAGUGUUCAGGGAUCCACCGACACCUGGGAGCUCACCUGUCCCGAGUCCGCUCCUUGGACCUUGACGACUGGCCACCGGAACUGCUGGCCGUCAUGACUGCAAUGGGCAAUGCCUUGGCUAACAGUGUCUGGGAGGGGGCUCUGGAUGGUUACUCUAAGCCAGGCCCCGAAGCCUGCAGAGAGGAAAAAGAGCGCUGGAUCCGAGCCAAGUAUGAACAGAAGCUCUUCUUGGCCCCACUGCCAAGCUCAGACGUGCCACUGGGACAGCAGUUACUCCGGGCUGUGGUGGAGGAUGACCUGCGGCUGCUGGUGAUGCUGCUGGCCCACGGGUCCAAGGAGGAGGUGAACGAGACAUACGGGGACGGGGACGGGAGGACAGCCCUGCACCUGUCCAGUGCCAUGGCCAAUGUGGUGUUCACGCAGCUGCUCAUCUGGUACGGGGUGGACGUGAGGAGCCGUGAUGCCCGAGGACUGACCCCACUGGCCUAUGCCCGCCGUGCCGGCAGCCAGGAGUGUGCAGACAUCUUGAUCCAGCAUGGGUGCCCCGGGGAAGGCUGUGGGUUAGCACCCACUCCCAACAGAGAGCCUGCCAAUGGCACCAACCCCUCCGCAGAACUGCACCGCAGCCCUAGUAUCCUAUGAUGCUCAGGAAGAGGGCAGAGGGACCAGAAGGACUCCAUGACUCGCAGGAGACAGACGGGAGAAGCAGGGAUGUGCAGCGAAGAGGGAGUGAUGAGGUUCAGGGUGGUGAAGAGGUUUGGGGUUGAGCUGCGCCAGAGCAGGGUGUGUUCAGCCCUCAGCCCUAUGGUACCAUUAAAGGAUAGAACCCUUUGGAGGUGCCUGUGAGGAGAGGGGGGCAGGACCUCUCCCUCCUCCAGAACCCUGCCUCCUCAUGACAGCUCCCACCAGCCUUCCCUACGGUGGGUGGGGAAGGAAAGGACACAGGAUGGGGGUGCCAGCUGAAAGACAAGGGGCCAGUCUGGGAGCCCCAUGUAAAAUUUGUACAUUGGAAUAUUUAUGUUGGUGUACAUACGUGGUGUGUGUGUAUGAUGAGCCAAUAAAGCAGGCUGUAUGUGUGGC